ACGUGUAUUUCCCUACAAGACUAAUUAAGACCGUGGGAGGAGAGAGCAGUGGUGUUAUAGAUAUAGCCUCCCACUGGCUUACAUACAAAACUGAAAGUAUGACUCUUUCUCCGCCUUCUGCUUUCCUCAAAGGAAAGGCCACGGUUUCCUAAUGAAUAGAUGGUGAGCAGUUCUGUCCAUAACGCACUGUGAUGAGUAAGUUGAAUAGUGCAUGGACAAACACCAUGAUGCUGCUCAUGAAAUCAUUGAGACAAUUCGGUGGGUCUGUGAAGAAAUCCCAGAUCUCAAGCUUGCCAUGGAAAAUUAUGUUUUAAUUGACUAUGAUACAAAAAGCUUUGAAAGCAUGCAGAGGCUUUGUGACAAAUACAACCGCGCCAUUGAUAGCAUUCAUCAGUUGUGGAAAGGAACCACCCAGCCCAUGAAACUGAACACUCGUCCCUCCAAUGGGCUCCUCCGUCACAUCUUGCAACAAGUAUAUAACCACUCGGUGACUGACCCAGAGAAACUCAACAACUAUGAGCCCUUUUCCCCAGAGGUGUAUGGAGAGACUUCCUUUGAUUUAGUGGCCCAAAUGAUUGAUGAGAUUAAAAUGACUGAGGAUGACUUGUUUGUUGAUUUGGGCAGUGGUGUGGGUCAGGUGGUGCUUCAGGUUGCUGCUGCCACAAACUGCAAACAUCACUAUGGUGUGGAGAAAGCUGAUAUUCCAGCAAAGUAUGCUGAGACGAUGGACAGAGAGUUCAGAAAGUGGAUGAAAUGGUAUGGGAAAAAACAUGCAGAAUACACACUGGAAAGAGGUGACUUCCUCUCAGAAGAAUGGAAAGAAAGAAUUGCAAACACAAGUGUUAUUUUUGUGAAUAAUUUUGCCUUUGGUCCUGAGGUGGAUCACCAACUGAAGGAGCGAUUUGCAAACAUGAAGGAAGGUGGCAGAAUCGUGUCCUCAAAGCCUUUUGCACCUCUAAACUUUAGAAUAAACAGUCGAAACUUGAGUGAUAUUGGCACUAUAAUGAGAGUUGUGGAGUUAUCACCACUGAAAGGGUCGGUUUCAUGGACCGGGAAACCAGUUUCUUACUACCUGCAUACUAUUGAUCGCACCAUACUUGAAAACUAUUUUUCUAGUCUCAAAAAUCCAAAACUCAGGGAGGAACAAGAGGCAGCUAGACGUCGUCAGCAAAGAGAAAACAAGAGCAACACAACUACUCCAACCAAGGUGCAAGAAAAUAAGGAUUCUGGUGCUGAAGAAGAAAAAGUUGGGACAAAUGCAGUUAAAAAGACAUCCCCCUCCAAAGCACGUAAGAAGAAGCUGAGUAAGAAAGGAAGGAAAAUGGCAGGGCGGAAGCGAGGGCGUCCCAAGAAAAUGAACGCUGCAAAUACAGAGCGCAAGACCAAGAAGAACCAAACUGCACUAGAGCUUCUGCAUGCUCAAACUGUGUCACAGACACCCUCAUCCUCUCCUCAGGAUGCAUACAAGUCACCUCAUAGUCCAUAUUACCAACUACCUCCUAAAGUACAACGGCAUUCAUCUAACCAACUGUUGGUGACUCCUACCCCACCUGCACUACAGAAGCUGCUCGACUCUUUUAAGAUCCAGUACAUGCAGUUCAUGGCGUACAUGAAAACUCCUCAGUACAAAGCAAACCUGCAACAGUUACUGGAGCAGGAAAAGGAAAAGAAUGCUCAGUUGCUGGGGACAGCACAACAGUUAUUCACCCACUGCCAGGCACAGAAAGAGGAAAUUAAACGGCUCUUUCAACAGAAACUCGAUGAGUUGGGAGUUAAAGCUCUGACAUAUAAUGACCUGAUUCAGGCUCAGAAGGAGAUCUCUGCUCACAACCAGCAGCUGAAGGAACAGACAAAGCAGCUGGAGAAAGAUAACAGUGAACUCAGGAACCAGAGCUUGCAGCUGCUUAAAGCACGAUGCGAAGAACUGAAGUUGGAUUGGUCGACGCUGUCAUUGGAGAGCUUACUGAAGGAAAAGCAGGCACUGAAGAAUCAGAUUUCUGAGAAACAAAAGCACUGUUUGGAAUUGCAGAUCAGCAUUGUGGAGCUUGAGAAAAGUCAAAGGCAGCAGGAGCUCAUGCAGCUGAAAUCGUAUAUGCCUCCUGAUGAGUCUCUGUCGGUACAGCUACGCAAUAAAAACCGUUUAAGCCGUGAGCCCGAGGCUGAUCACGGCAGAUUCCAACUUGAGCUUGAGUGCUCUAAAUUUCCUAUGCCCCACAUCAACGGCAUGAGCCCUGAACUGUCCAUGAAUGGCCAUGCUACUCCCUAUGAAAUCCAUAAUGCUCUUAGCAGGCCCUCUUCCAAGCAGAACACCCCUCAAUACAUGACCUCUCACCUGGACCAAGAAAUAAUUCCUUGCACCCCAAACCACAGCAGCAGACAGAAGGUGGACAAGACAGCAAGCUUGUCCUUACCUGAUUACACCAGGUUUUCCCCAGCUAAGAUAGCCCUAAGGAGACACUUGAAUCAGGACCAUGCAGUCAAUGGAAAAGCAACAACUAAUGAGAUACACCAGAGAGCUGACCAUGUAAAAGAGAAUGGCCUUACAUAUCCAAGCCCUGGCAUUUCAAAUGGGAUAAAGCUGAGUCCUCAGGAAACUCGGCCCUCUUCCCCAGCGGCCUUACCGAUUGCAGGCGAGAAGGUUUUGCGAGAGAGGACUUCUGCGAGUAAUGGAGAAACUAUCACCAGCCUACCUAUCAGUAUUCCUCUCAGCACGGUGCAGCCCAAUAAACUCCCUGUUAGUAUCCCUCUGGCCAGCGUAGUCCUACCUAGCCGUGUUGAGAAGGUGAGAAGCACACCUAGUCCAGUUCAUCAGAAUCGAGACUCGUCGUCAACACUUGAAAAACAGUAUGGUGCUAGUUCUCAUAAUGGCGUAAGCAAUGCUGCUGGAAAUAAGCCACUGGCUUUGGCUACCUCAGGUUUUUCAUAUUCUUCUGGCUCCAUGGCACUUAAUGGAACUCUUUCAAACAGCCCAGCCCACCUUAACCAUAGUGUUGAUCAGGCAGCUGUGGACGACUGCGGGAGUUUGUUUAACUCGGUAGGGUCUCGGAGCUCCACUCCACAAUACCCUUCUUUGCUAAUGAUGCAGUCACGGAAUUCUGGGCAGAAUUCCCCGGCUCACCAGCACUCAGCAAGCCCCAAGUUAAAUGGCGUCUCCCAGAGCAUGGUAGGGGUACUGCAGUAUGUGGAUGCUCAGAAGAUGUUUGCCGAAGGAACAAAGGGGGAACUUCAGCCUGAUGCUGCCUUUUCCGAUCCUGAGAACGAGGCCAAGAGAAGAGUCAUCUUCACAAUCUCUCCUAGUACAGGAAGUGUAAAACAGUCUCCGUCUAACAAGCACAGUUCCCUGACUGCAAGCAUUCGGAUGGACUGUGGCCAAGCAUACAUGCAGGAUGGGAAGAAACGAGGUCGAAGGAAGAGAUCCUCCACAGGGAAUCUAAACAUGAACUCUGGAGUGUCCCCUAAACGCAAAUCCUUACCAACUGUGGCUGGACUCUUUACUCAGCCUUCGGGCUCACCGCUUAAUAUAAACUCAAUGGUCAAUAACAUUAAUCAGCCUUUAGAAAUAACAGCCAUUUCCUCCCCUGAAAACUCCCUGAAGAACUCUCCUGUUCCCUACCAGGACAAUGACCAGCCUCCAGUGCUGAAAAAAGAGAAGCCCCUGAUUCAGACUAAUGGUGUUCAUUACUCACCACUGACUUCAGAUGAAGAACAGGGAUCAGAAGAUGAGCACAAUAGCACCAGAAUUGAGAGGAAAAUUGCAACGAUAUCAUUGGAAAGCAAAUCUCCACAGAAGACUAUUGAAAAUGGUGGCAGUUUAGCUGGGAGGAGACAGGCACAAACCAGUGAGAACAUGAAUAGCAGUAAAUGGAAGUCUACUUUUUCGCCAAUUUCUGACAUCAACCUGACCAAAACUACAGAUAGCCCAUUGCAGGCUGUUUCAUCUCUGAGCCAGAAUUCCCUGUUUGCCUUUAGGCCGUCCUCUGAGGAUGGCAUGGCCAUCGAUGCCAAAAUUGCAGCACACACACGGAAAAACAUCACCAUGUCCUCCUCUGGGACGGACAGACUCAGCCCCAAUACAAACUCCGCUAAUGGAUCCAUGUAUAACGGUGGAGUGACCACAGACAUCGGUUUACACAGCUUUAUUGAUGGUGCUUCUCUUCCUCAUAAGACUUCAGAUGUGACGACCCUCAACUCCUCUCUGGGUUUUCAGUCACAGAGGAGCAAAGAUGUGGGGAUUUUGGAGACAAACCCCUUUUUGAACAAGAGGCAGCUUGAAGGCCUCGGCAGCAUGAGAGGAGAAGACUUAAACCGAUCAGGAGUCAAAAAUAAAGAGCUCAGUGAAUUAACCAUUCGUCCAGGGGCGGCUUCUGAAAAAAGUUCCUUGCAGCACAAUGGCAAGGUCGGCAAAGGACGGGACCGAGAUGUGGAGUUUAAAAACGGCCACAACCUUUUCAUUUCUGCUGCUGCUGUAUCUUCUGGUGGCCUUCUCAAUGGCAAAAGCCUUUCCACUGGUGUCUCAUCUGCAGGCAACCCAGCACCUUCUGUUCAGACGCACCAUCCUUUCUUAAACACAUUGACCACUGGAUCGCAGUUCCCCCUGGGUCCCAUGGCUUUGCAGGCAAACCUCAACUCGGUGACAAACGCCUCAGUAUUGCAGUCCUUAUUUAAUUCAAUGCCAGCUGCUGCCAGUCUGGUCCACGUGUCAUCAGCUGCAACCAGACUGACUAACUCUCAUGCUAUGGGGAAUUUCUCUCCUGGGGUUACAGGUGGAACAGUUGGAGGUAACUAGGAUUUCUACCUCAACCCAAUGUGACCUAUGCAAGGACAACGUGGACCAACUUCACUCAGCUUCCACUGAAAGGUGCUCACCUGGCCUGGCAGGGGUUUCUACUCUCUUACUACUGGACAAAGUAAACAAACAAAAGACCUAAAUAACAGAGAAAAGAAUAUUCUACUGUGAAUCAGAGUUGAAAAAAAAACUGCAAAGGAAAAUGCUUAAAACAAAGCUCCAGUUUGUAUUGUCGAUAGUUUAGCUAAAGUAUUUAUCUUUUUUUUAAAAUGAAAACAAUUUUGGCUUAUUUUAUUCCAUCUAAAGUCAUAAAAAACCACAACUCAUUGAAACCAUUCUCUGAAUAAUAAAGGACUGGCACACCAGCAGAGAUGUAAAGAGCCUCCUCUCGGUGCUAUUUCAUCCGUCAGAACUGUGCCUCUCUAGUUCAAAUCCUUGGUGCUGAAUUUGAGGGUUGACCAAUGCCAAGCCCAGUUCUCAGAAAGGUCUGCUUUUAUUUAUUCAGCUCACUCUGUUCAUAUACCAAAGUCCAUUGGUUUACAGCAAAGCAGGAGCUACAGAGAAUGGCAGUCUUUGGUUUUGGGUGAUUGUUUUUUAUUUUUAACAGAGCUUAUGGCUCAGUUAUCAGGCGUUUAAUAUUGUUUAUUACAAACAAGAAUGCAAUACUCCCCUCUGGAGUGGCAGCUAGAUUACCUGUGCAAACUCAGCUGGUUCAGACACUUGGAACAGAAGAAGCAUAACUUAAGUCUAGUCCUGUUAGACUACUUCACUGGGCCCAUUAAAACCUCUGGUGGCGCUCAAGUCACUGUGAAUUUCAGUAACUAGACUGUUAACUUGUUUUGGGGUGUCAUUUGGCAUAUGAACAGGGUGCAUAAUCACUGGUGUUGGUCAGGCCCUUUUUAACAAUAUUGGGAAGAUUGAAAAUCGAGCUUCUAUGCUGGGGCAGAUAGCAGCAGAUUUUCUCAGCUUGUUUUUGUUGAAGUACAAUGUAUUUUGUUAGUAAGAUUUUGAUACUUGAUUCCGAAAUGGCUCAGCCUUGUACAUUUUAUUGACUAAGUGCAUUCGCUUUUGUAUUUCUUUGCUUUGAAUAGGUUUAAAUGGUAGUUCACAAAAACACCACAAUCUAGUGGAACUUGCUGCCACACUAUCAAACUGGUGCAUUUUGAAUUGUAUUGUGACUUGGUGUUCUGUGUACAGAAAGUGUCGCUCCGAGCAGUGACCGUAUUUUAUAGACGUGAUGAAAAUUUAUGAAUUUCAUAAACUUUAUUCAGUUUAUUUUUUAGGUUGUGUGAUGCACAGUAAACUUGUAAACAGAUGUUUUUAUUUAUUCAAGUGCACAAAACGGGGAGGAGGACCCAUUAGUUCAUAAACUUCAAUGUGCAGCAUAGGCUGGACCAAGCACCAAUAAAGGAAACCACAGUAACAGAAGGGGAAUCGCUACAGCAAAGUGACUAGAUUCAGAGCACAAUGGUGCUAAAGUGAACCCUUGCUGGCCUAAGUUCUCUCUGGGGAGAUUUGGUCGUAUUGCAUCAGAGGCACUUGGUGACCUUCAGUCCAUUCCAGCGAGGUUACUGUCUCUAACCUCCAGCAAGAUGCCAUUCACGAUAGCGUUGAGCUCUCCCUUACCAACUCCCUAGUGUGGUUUCCCUUUGUCACAAACUGCUGGGCUUCGUGAAUCAGCUGCCUAAAUGUACUUGGAGCAGGCCAAAUAUCUCUUCACACUCUCUUGCUGUGCUUCCGUGGCUGGUUUGAUCUGUGUUUCCGUGAGUACUGUGUUGAUUCUUGUGUCCAAAGAGGCUGGUGGAGAUGUUCUCCUACUUUCCUAUUCUCACCAGCUCCCUCCUCUCCCCAUGGGAGUGAAUUUGUCCUGGAACGGUGCAGUAUCCUGAUUAACAAUGCCCCCUUCACUGUGUUUCAGAUUGGCUGCUUCCCUCUAGACCAUGUAGCGGGCAAUGGCAUAGAAGUUAACAAGCUCGGUUACCCUAACCAUUCCUAGAUGUCUCGGCUGUGUGCAGAAACUGUUAAUGUAACUUUGCCUUAUUAUUGAUCACUAAGGGGACUGAUCCUUAUUCCUAAUCUUCAGGAAUAUUUUUAAUCAUUUUCUAGUUUGUGCAUGGGAGCAGAGAGGGAGGAAGUGAUGCAUCCAGCUGGAUUCCUAGCAGCAGGGAGAGAACCUAGAGAAAGCAAAGUAAUGCUCAGGGAGUGGCAGCUGAGAAACAUCCAGUAGCUUCUAGUGGAAGCCAUAAACAGUUAUGUCCUGGAAUCCAGGGAAAUAACGUCACCCAGUUAUUGUUUAGCUGUGAAUUUGGCAACUCCAGCCUGAUCCAGAUCUUUGGGUAACUGAAAGGUGCAGGGCCUUCUCAGCAGUUUUAAUCCCAAUUAAAGGCAACAAAAAUGCAGACUCAGAUCCUUGGAGGAUUUA